AUGUCCUCCUCGUCGACGCCGUCUGUGGUGUCCUCAGUGGAGGCACACGCCAAGGCACUGCUGCACUGCCAGAAGUACCCCACACAGGCGGUGUCUGGCUUUCUUAUCGGGAAGCGGCUCACGGAGAGCGGCGCCAGCGAUAGUGUUUUCGUCGCGGACGCCGUGCCGCUGUUCCACACAAUUAUGAUGACACACCCACAUCCCAUGCUCAGUGUCGCCUACGCACAGGUGUCCAGCUACGCCCGCACAAAGGGACUGGUACUCCUGGGCUACUACGUCGCGAACGAGCGUGCAGGCGACAGUGGCAUUUCCCCACUCACAACGAACGUACUCCGUAUGUUGCAUGACAAAGUUUCCACUGGGCACAACCCACUACUGUGGACCAUUGUGGGCGCGAACCGUGCAGAGGGGGUGGAUGUGCGCCCUUCGUACUACAUGGGUGGAAAAAACUAUCUCCCCGCACCAGAGCUGACCUUCGGGCGGUGGAACUCGGAUACGCUCUCCUGCGAGGCGAUCACAAGCAACACGGAGGCCGUUGAAGUUUUUGAAAACGCCGUGGACGCGUUCAAGCAGUUUCAGCUUGUUGACUUUGAGGAUCACCUGGAGAGGGUGCAGCUCAACUACCUCGAGCAGACCGUGCAGGUGUAA